AUGUGCUACCGAAUUAUCGAGAGAUAUUCCGUCUGUGGCUGUCUCUACUAUCGCCAUGCGGUUGACCCGUGCCAGUCGUAUGGCCAGCGUGACCAUGUCGUGCAGGAGAAGACGAUCCUUGUUGGUUAUGCGUGCGCAGCUCAUUUAGCAUCGAGAGGGACAUCAGCAGCGAAGUGGCCGGAUUCCGGGUACUCAAGCGGCAAGGGUGCAUCUCCAUAA